UCCAGACUGUCAGAAAUCUGAAACCUGAAAGGUGGAAACCUGUAGGCAUACAUUUCAAGUGUCUGCGUAGGAACCUUUUCUGACACUCCCCCCAAACACAAGGGGACAGGUGCCAAAGCUGUAAUGCUAAUGCCAUACCAGGUGUCUGCGGAAAUACUUAUUCUAAGACUCCUCCAAACAGCACUGGACGGGUGUCAAUGUUGUAAUGUCAAUGCUAUAAAAGUAUUCGACUGCUCUAGCAAAGAAUUUCAUGGGAGCUCGCUCAGUACCCGAAUUUUCAUAUACCCACUUUCGCCUGGUUGUUAAAAAGUGAAAACCCACUUGAAUUUGCAGUCCUAACACUCGGUGGGAACUUGCUAGAAGGCGUUUGUGGAAGGAAUAUAUGUGUGUGUGUCUUUGAGAGAGAGCUUGCUUAGUUUGAAGUGCCUUGAAUUGUAGAAAUAGUUGGCAAUGGCCUGUGAAUGGGUGCAUGGCGGCAUUCCUGCAGGACCAGUGCAGAAUUACUUGCAGAACAACAAAGCAUGGAGUGUACGAAGGAGAGCCUGCAGCAGGCCUUUCAAAUUCGAGCUCAAAAUGGCAGCAAAUCGGUCCCAGGUGUUCACCGUUUCGAAUUCCAUCGCGAGUUUCUGGAAGGUCCACAACCCAGUUCAAAACGAACCCAACGGACUAGAGCUCGGUACGAGCCGGAGGGACCAGAAGAAGCAGUGGAAUUCGUUGCAGAAGCUGGGGGCAACCGUUCUGGACGCGGUGGAAAAAACCGUUUUCAGGCUGGAGAGCGAACGACCCGUGCCGAGUACGUGCGACCCGGCCGUUCAGCUCAGUGGGAAUUUCAGGCCCGUUCCUGAGAUGCCCGUGAAGCAUGAGUUAACCGUCGAGGGCGUCAUUCCGGUGGAAUUGGAAGGCAUCUAUUUGAGAAACGGCGCAAAUCCGCUGUUCCAACCGUCUGGCGGACACCACCUGUUCGACGGCGAUGGCAUGAUCCAUGCCGUCACACUGCGGGCCGGAAAGGCCAGUUACGCCUGUCGGCUCACAGAGACUGAACGGCUGGUCACUGAACGGCGGCUCGGGCGCAGCUUUUAUCCCAAGCCCGUGGGUGAGCUCCACGGCCAUGCCGGGCUCGCAAGACUGAUGCUCUACUACGCCCGUGCCCUCUGCGGUCUGGUGGACCCCGCAAAGGGCAUGGGCGUCGCCAAUGCCGGUCUCGUCUACUUCAAUGGCCGGUUACUGGCAAUGUCCGAGGAUGACAAGCCGUACGCCGUCCACAUCACUGAAGACGGGGACCUGCAAACGGCCGGUCGGUUUGAUUUCGACGGGCAGCUGUCGGACUCCAUGAUCGCCCACCCGAGCAUCGACCCGCGGACUGGCGAGCUCUUCGUUCUGAGCUACAACAUUCUGCAGAGACCGUUUCUCAAGUACUUCAGGUUCGGACCUGACGGGUCCGGUCCUCGACCCGUGGACAUCACGCUCCGUGAGCCCACCAUGAUCCAUGACUUCGCCAUCACAGAGAAGUAUAUUGUUGUGCCUGAUCAGCAGAUGGUUUUCGACCUCCGCCGCAUGCUGGCGGGCGGGUCGCCGGUUUUGUAUAAUGAGAAAAAGGUGCCCCGGUUCGGUGUCAUGCCCCGGUACGACGGUGACGAGAGCCGGGUGGUGUGGAUUGAUGUGCCGGACUGCUUCUGUUUUCAUCUUUGGAAUUCGUGGGAGGAAAAUCAGGGCGAGGAAAUCGUUGUGAUCGCCUCCUGUAUGACACCGCCUGAUGGUGUAUUCAACGAACAUCCCGACAAGCCGUUCAAGAGCAUUCUGUCGGAGAUAAGGCUGAAUCUUCGAACCGGUUCGAGUGUUCGGCGUGAGAUCGUGGCGGGUGUGAACCUGGAGGCCGGGCAGAUCAACAGAAAUUAUGUUGGCGUCCCUACGCGCUUCGUUUACAUGGCCAUUGCGGAGCCGUGGCCCAGGGUUUCCGGGAUCGCGAAAGUGGAUUUGCAGGAGAAGAAGGUGGUCGGAAAAGUUGUGUUUCAGGAUGGGUGCUAUGGUGGGGAGCCUUAUUUUGUUCCCCGCGGACCGGAUUCUUCAUGCUCAGAGGAUGACGGUUUUGUGGUCACUUUUGUGCACAAUGAAGUAAGUGGGGAAUCGGAGUUUGUGAUUCUGGACGCCAUGACUGAGGGCCUGGAUCGCCUGGCCUCUGUUAAAUUGCCCUCCAGGGUGCCCUACGGUUUCCAUGCCACCUUUGUCCCGCAUCAAGAGCUUCGCCGCCAGAAAUGCUCUGCAUAGAUCUGAUAGCCUGAAACUUUAAUGGGCAUUUUGAAAAAAAACAAAAGAUGACGAAUUGGGUCAAACCCAAUUCAGAUUACACACAGAAUAAUAUAGAUUUCGUAUAUGUCAUGUUCUUUUUUCUCUGGGCUCUUCUUGUAUUUUAUAUUUUAUAAUAGGUAAUUCUUUUGUCUGUAUAAGCUCCAGUUUUGUAUUCUUGGGAAGCGUUUAAAAUAAUGGCCGCCGUUCCCAGAUUUGACUAGUUUAUUUAGUUUUAUCUUAUGGGUGGGAACAGGGGAACCGUCUGCACCGUUCUGUGGAAAACGGCAGAACUUUUUUAUAGUUAUAUCCGCUUUUGGAGACAAACAUUGAUUUCUUUCCUACGCCCGUGACCUCGGACUGUGGAAUGGAGUGUACGACAAUCUCAAAUGCCUUGAGAAUUGAACCAGGUCACAUGCAGCUAUGUUUAUCGUUGGAUCUUGUAAAUAAAUUUCUCUAUUCUUGUACAGAA